UCCAGCUCGGUCGGAUCGCAAACGUCGCCCUGGAGAUGAAGGUUUCGUCUGUGGCCAAGAAGCUGUGGUGCGUCCACAAGCAGCUGAUCCUGCUGGUGGCCCCGCUCAUCUUCCUCCCUCUCAUCUUCACACUGCCAGAGAAGGAGGGGAAAUGUCUGUACGUGGUUCUGCUGAUGGCCACGUUCUGGUGCACCGAGGCUCUUCCUCUGGCUGUCACUGCCAUGCUUCCGGUCUGCCUCUUUCCCACUUUGGGAAUUAUUUCAUCGAAAAAACUCUGUCCUCAGUACUUCCUGGAAACCAAUUUCCUUUUCCUUAGUGGUCUAAUAAUGGCCUCAUCCAUCGAGGAAUGGGGACUCCAUCGCAGAAUUGCCCUGAAGGUUCUCACUAUUGUUGGAGUUAAACCAGCCUGGCUGAUCCUGGGGAUGAUGCUGACUUCCUCCUUCCUCUCCAUGUGGCUCAGUAACACUGCCACCACCGCCAUGAUGUUGCCAAUCGCAAACGCCAUCCUGGACAGCCUGUUCGGAGACGUAGAGACGCUGAAAAGGAAAUGCAAGUUUUCCAACGAGGGUGGUGAAGAUACCAACAACAGCCAUUCGGUCAAGAUGCUUUCCCUACCCUCGGAACCACAGGAGAAACACAUACUUCCAGUGGAUGGAUUUGAUGAACCGAGUGAGAAACUGACGGCAGAAGAGAUCCGCUUGGAAUCACAGCGACACCUGAAUGUGCGCAAGGGUUUCCUGAUCUGCAUUCCCUACGCUGCCAGUAUAGGCGGGACCGCCACACUGACGGGAACCGCUCCGAACCUCAUUCUGAUCGGGCAGUUGAAGAGUUACUUUCCAGAAUGUGACGCCAUCAACUUCAGCUCCUGGUUUGCGUUUGCCUUCCCUCUCAUGGUGCUCUUCUUGGUCCUGGGCUGGCUGUGGAUCUCGUUCCUCUACGGCGGCCUCAACUCUCGCUUAUGCAUCAGGAAACAUGACCGCCAAUCAGAGGCGGAGUCUCGGGCCAAGGCGCUCAUAGAGGAGGACUACAGGAAACUCGGACCAAUAAACUUUGCAGAAGGAUCCAUCUCCUUCUUCUUCGUCCUGUUUGCUGUCCUCUUAUUCACACGCGACCCAAAGUUCUUCACCGGCUGGUCUGUUCUCUUUAAGAAGGGGUACGUGUCCGAUGCCGUCACCGGAGUCAUCAUCGUCUCCAUACUGUUUUUCUUCCCUUCGGAGAAACCCUCUUUGAAGUGGUGGCUGGAUCCUAGAGCGUCCAACACGCGCUAUGUUCCUCUGAUGUCCUGGAAAAAGGCCCAGGACUCGGUCCCCUGGAACAUUCUGCUGCUGUUGGGAGGAGGAUUUGCCAUGGCCAAGGCCUGUGAGGAGUCUGGACUGGCGUCCUGGCUUGGCGGUCACCUUCAGCCCCUGGCUCAGCUCCCCCCCGCAGCGGCCGUGAUGCUCAUCACCGGGUUCCUGGCCUGCUUCACCGAGUUCGCCAGCAACACAGCCACCAUCAUCAUAUUCCUGCCGGUCAUCGCCGAGCUGGCGAUCCGAGUGGCAGUGAAUCCUCUCUACUUCAUGAUUCCUGCCACCAUCGGGUGUUCCUACGCCUUCAUGCUGCCUGUGUCCACGCCGCCAAACUCCAUCGCCUUCGCCUCUGGUCACCUGCUUGUCAGGGACAUGGUGAAAACUGGUUUGGUGAUGAACAUUCUGGGGAUCUUGUCGACCACUUUGGCCAUGAACACGUGGGGCGUGGCCAUGUUUGACCUCAACACCUAUCCGGUCUGGGCACGACCCCUCAAUGCGACUGCUCUGCUGUCACAUGGUCACGGCCCAGCGCUCCGUUUGCUCAACUCCACGCGCUGAUCGGGCCCAACCCACCACCACUGCCCAUCCAUCACCCUCACCGGUUGUUGUUAUCAGUACUUUCUUUUUAUUUCUGUCAAUCACAUGUAAAUAAUUUUGAAGAGUUUAGUUUGAGGAUGGUCUUGACGAAUCUGUGAGAUCUCUUGCGACAGCGGGUGUUUUCUUGGUCCGCGUUGAUCCUCCGUUGUUGUUUAACUGCUGUGACUCCAAAAAUGUGACUCAUUAACAUGUUUAAGUAGAAAACUACUAGUCAUUGCUCGUGUUGAAUCAUCGGACGCGUCGUAAACACUGAGAGGUCAAAGGUUAACUGGAGUGUGUCUCUGCAGUU